AUGGCUGAGCCAGACUAUAUUGAAUCAGAUAAUCCAGAAUUAAUAAAGCCUCACAAGUUGAUCAAUCCAGUGAAGACCUCCAGAAAUCAUCAGGAUCUCCAUCGAGAAUUAUUAAUGAACCAAAAAAGAGGCCUUUCACCCCAGAACAAACCCGAAUUACAAAAAGUAAUGGAAAAGCGAAAACGGGAUCAAGUUAUUAAACAACAGAAGGAAGAAGCUGAACAGAAAAAGACAGACUUUGAGAUAGAGCUUGAGAAGAGACAUCAAAGGCUUGAGGAAAUGGAAAUGGAAAAACACAAGAUUGAGGAAGAACAGGAAAACAAGCCUGAGUUUCUCAAAGUUAAAGGCAACCUCAGGAGAAUGAAUCAGGAAAUAUCCAGUGCCAACAAUUCAUAG